GUAAGUUUAGAAUGUCGUCGUUUUGCGUGUGAAAGAAAUACAAGUUGCUUACCAUUUUAGUUGAUGUUGAUAUUGUAGGACUUCACAGUAAAACUGAUAUUUGACCUGAAAAUGGUGGUAAAAUAUUUAGCUGGGAAUACUAAAUUUUCCUAAAUCCAUGAAAACCAGGCAAGUAAACCAGACGAUAAAAGAGACCUGUUUGAAAGUCUAUGUCUUCCUUUCGGUAAACGAGGCUGACCAACUUACAGAAGAACAAAUAGCAGAAUAUUAUGAAGCUUUCCGUGCCUUUGACACUGACGGGGAUGGAUCAAUCAGUAUUCAAGAUCUCGGAACAGUUAUGAUGGCUUUAGGACAGAAUCCUACAAACCAGGAAUUGAAAGAAAUGACACAUGCUUAUGCUGAUCCUGAAAGCAAUGGGGAAGAACUUAUAGACUUUCCUGAUUUCUUAUCUCUUGUGGCAAGGACAGUGAAGGAAACAGAUUCGCAUGAAGAACUUCGGGAAGCUUUCAAAGCAUUCGACAAAAAUGGAGAUGACAUUAUAGAUGCAGAUGAACUCCGGAAAGCAAUGUCAAAUUUGGGAGAAGAAUUAAGUGAAACUGAAAUUGAUGAAAUGAUCAGAGCUGCUGAUAAGGACGGUGAUGGACAAGUUCACUAUGAAGAAUUCGUUCAUAUGAUGGCCUCAAAAUGAAGAAAAGUCAUACGGAAAACAGUAGUCUUGUGCAAUACAAUUUAAACUUUUUGAACUAUGCAUUCAGAUGAGUGUUUCUAUUAUCAGUAGAAUUCACUCUCUCUUUUUGUUAAAAUGCAAGUUAUAAUAUGUUACAGGCAUUAAAGGGACACCAAUUGUCAUAGUUUAUCUUU